AUGGGUCACGCUUACACGUCUAAAUGGGUCAAUGAUGAGAAACGUGACCUAAGAGAGGAUAAAUGUGCGUCGUACGACGGCGCUUUCUCGGCCGUUUCGGGGACUGAGUCGCAUAAUGCUACUAACGGCGCGUAUAAGCUGCGAAGGUAUUCGAGCUCAGAGAACCGGCUCGGGUCCAUUGAGCCCCGCCGACCGGCCGAGGGCCGAAUUUACCUGAGAUACCUGCGCCGACCGCCCCGCGCCCUCCUCGCCGCACACUCCCGCGCCGUUUAUGCUUUCAUUCGCUGUGUACGAGGUAACGAGACAAAUAAGUGUCUCGUUUUAGUCCGCGCGAUCGCGGGUAUGUGUUCAAAUGUUAGAAGCGGACGAAGCCAGCUUUCUCGAGGCCGCGUACAGAUGGCUCACCUUGCAGCUUCUUCUCCGUCUCCCAAAACUUCUGCAAUUCGGUGA